AUGGCAUCCGUUAGCAUCAUACGUGUGAACUUGUCAAUUUGGCUGAAGUCGGCUGGUACCUGCCGACGACGACAGGGGUCGUGCUUUCUGUUGCCGCGGGCUGCGCCCAUUGGUUCUGCUGUCGUACAUUCGCAGCUUGGGGGAUCAUGGGGGGUCUUCCGUUGGCCAGGUUCGGGCUGCAGCAGUCGAUGCGAAUCCAUUUCAGCUGCUGAGAACGGCUGCCCUGCUAUGCAGACCAGUCUUUGGCUGGAUGCUCUCCACCGACUUUCAGAGCUUGAUUGGCAAGGCAUUCGACCAGACAUCCGCGUGCACGGAGCGGCCACAAACGCAUGUGACAAAGGAUGCAAAUGGCGACGCGCGCUUGCUGUGCUGCAUCGAAUCCAUGCGAGAGGUUUGGAGCUGAAUGUGGUGAUAAUUAGUUCGGUCGUUAGUGCGAGCGGCAAAGGCGGAUGUUGGCAUGGCGCGUUGGACUCGGCAAAGGAGUUGGCCUGCAGAGGCAUCGAGCCAAAUACCAUCGUUGCGAACUCUGCAAUCACUGCAUGUACCAGACACGAGCGGUGGCAGCAGGCCGCCAGUAUUUUCAAAGAAUGCACGCGAGGAGGUGUACUGAAACCUGAUGUUGUCACAUAUGGCGCCAUGCUUAGCGCACUAGAGAAAGGCGACAGCUGGCAGCAGGCACUUCAACUCCUGUCAGAUAUGCGUGGCAUGCGAAUGGAGUUCAACGGUAUCGUGUGCACCACUGCUUUCGCUACCUACGGGAAAAGUGGACAGUGGGUGGAGGCAGCCGCUCUCCUCGAAGAAGUGUUGUCCGAAGAGCUGGGUUUCGGCACUGUCGUGGUCAAUGCAGCCAUUACUGCAUUCUGUCGCACGCAGCAGUGGCAGAGGGCGUUAUGUGCAUUUUAUGGCUCACGCAAGGUUAGCCUCGAAUCAGAUGUGUUUACGCUGAGUUCUGUUCUAAGCGCCUGCGACAUUGGCAGCCAGUGGCAGCUUGCCAGCGGUUUGUGGACCGACCUGUGCAGCGGAAGGCUGCAGCCAAGCAUUGUCACCUGCAAUGUUGCAGUACAUGCCGCCGCAAGCAGCAGCCAGUGGCAAGAUGCCAUAGGUCUACUUCAGCGGCUGCGGGUGUCGAUGCUGCAACUCGACGGGGCCUCCUGCUCCUCAGCACUUGGUGCGUGCAGGUGGGACUUGGUGCUAACUUUGUUACAAGAUGCCGAUGGCACCGGCCUUGUUCACGACGAAAUCACCCGAUCCGUCGCUGCCAAAGCCUGCCUUUCGGGGCAGAGAUGGCAGACAGCGCUCAGAAUGCUGAGCCUGGGUGAAGCCCCUAUUGAUGUUGCCACCAGCACCACCGCGAUGGCAGCCUUCAGUGAUGGGUUUGCUUGGAAGGUCGCUUUUCAUUUACUUUUCCGCGGGUUGUUGGGGAAGUGCUUCGAGCGCGGCUGGGCUGCACUACACACUGCUGCUGUCACAAUGUGUGGCCGUCACAUUCAGUGGCGUGGCGCCGUGGCGUUGCUUCGAAAGUUUGUUGACCGGAAAUGUGAUGUGAGCGUGGACACCUGCAGCGCAGCGUUGAAGGCGUGCGCUGAUGGAGAGCAGUGGCAGGGCUCAGUCAGCCUGCUGUUCUGCAUGGACCAAUUACAGUUGCAACCCGAUGCUUUGUCGUUUAGCCCGGUCAUCAGUGCGUGCAGGAAUUGGCAGCUGGGGCUGCUCCUAUUUCACGACAUGGUUAGCAGACAGGUGAAACCGAAUCUGAUAACUUGCAAUGCUGUGCUGAGCAUGUGCGAGGGGUCUGGACUUUGGCAGCAAGCCAUACUGCUCCUUACCAGGCUCCACUCGGAGCAUAUAGAGCCAGACACGAUGAGCUACAAUUUGGCUCUCGGCGCAUGCACCAAAGCAAAGAGGUGGAGAGCUGCUGCUGCGCUCUUCUUGCAGAUGAGGAGAAUUCAAGUGCCAGGAAAUGCGAUGACCUUCAGCCGCCUGAUCGAGCAGAGAGAGAUUUCAUCCUUCGAUUUCAGAUCCUGCGACUUGCUCCAAGGUGCUGGAAUUCAAAGUUCGAUUCCGCUGUGCGACCGAGUGGGAAGGCUGUUUCAAAACAAUACUGCAACUCGCUCAGCAAACGUCGCCAGGGCUACUUUACUUUGUUCUUCGUUGCUCUACUACUGCGAAGUGAGAUGCAGACGGCCUCCCAAGGUCUUUGAGCGCUAUGGCAUGCUGGACAAGGUUCAUGUCAUCAGCGGCCGUGGAGCAAAGGGGUAUAAGAGCUGCGCGUACGUAGAAUUUCGCAAGCUGGAAGACGCCGAAGCGGCGCAAGUCGGCUUGCACAAUCGCUACUCCAUGAGACCAGGCCUGCACAAGCAGUACAGCUCCCUCCCACAGCGGGCCUGCUGUCGGCUUGAAGUCCAUGUCGCCAUGAGUGCCUCGCUGUCAUCCUGGAGCCUUGCGACGGUGGUGAGCUGGCUUCAGAAAUCUGGACACGACAGCCUGAUCCCCGUCUUUGAGAAGGAGCGGAUCGACGGUCAAGCUCUGCAGUCUCUCACUCUCGACCUCUUGAGAAAGCUGGAGGUGUCACAGGAUCAGGCCAAAGCCCUGCUUGCAUCCAUAGCCGAUCCUGCGCUGCAUUCAGCAGAUGUUCAGAAGGAAGUGCGGAAACGAGAGAUGAGCGACGGAGACCAGAUGGCAGGCGGCACUUUAACAUCGCUUGGCGGGGAUGCCUACGAGCCAUGCAAAGUCGUGCUGCUCAUGGGGCCUCCUGCAAGCGGUAAGUCGACCUUGGGAGAGAACUUGGCCAAGCAUUUCAAAGGCAAACACAUUGAUCUUGGUGUCACCCUCCGUGAAGUUUCAAGUCGGCCUGCAGAAGACCUCCUAGUCGAGGCCCUGCGUGGAGAGAUGGAGGAGGCAGUCCGCACUGUUACUGCGAAACCUGCCCACUUAGUGUUUGUAAAUGGCUUCCCUCGCAUGAUGGACGGCUUUCGGUUCUGGCAGAACCACUCAGAUCUGGUGAAACCUUCCUUGGUAUUGGUUCUCGAGGCUCCUGAUGACGUCCUAAAAGGAAGAGCCGAGCAAAGAGGCCGGGAGGGAGACGAGAAGUUUGGGGAAAGGCUCGGCUUCUACAGGGCGAGCACCGAGCCGGUCAUCUCUGCAUUCCGCAAAGCGGAGAUCACGCGGCAGAUCGAUGCCACAGGGAGCCCUGAGCUUCUCUUAGGAUCUGCAAGAUUUCACAUGCAGCCUUCCUUGGUGUUUGCCUGCGGAGACCCAGAGCUGUAUGGUGCUGUAUGCCGACAGGCAGUUGCAAGGCUAGGGACCCGCCUGAAGCACAUCAACGUCGACCGCAUCCGCGAAGCUGUAGGCAGCAAGUUUGUGGCUCCUGAAAUCUUGAAGGAGGUUGCGAUGUACGGACCUUGGGGCAGCCCGUUUCUCUUAGAGGGCUUUCCUCGCGACGUGGAAGAGCUCAAGACCCUUCCCGAAGACGGCCUGGUGACUCUGGACUUCAACUCAAGCCUCGUCUUUUCGGAGUGUUUUGUGCGAUCCUUCAAGGACGCGGAGGCUGACUCUGUGGAUGCAGUGGUGAAGCUGCUGCAAUGCUGCCAACCCUUGCAGGUGUCACCCAUUUUCUCGGCCGUCGGACUUCUGAAGAGCUGGAUGGAUGCUGCCCGGCACAUGCCGUGGUGGGAUUUCUCGUUCUUCCUCUCCGAGGCCCAGCCCAGCUACUUGACGUACAUGCGACAAGAAUCAGCCUUGGCAGCCCGACACCCAGCUGAAGAUCUUGGCUACAUGCGGCCCUCCACGAGCCCUACGAUGGAUGCUUGGCUUUGUUGGUUCACCCAUCAGCUGCACACGGACGACUAUGCUGGCUUUUGCAAGCGGCUUCCUGGGGUUGGCCUCGGCGUGGGACCAUUGCCUCCGGCUACGUGGAAGGCAAGGGAUGAAGCGAAGGCAGCUACGGAGAAGAAGCCCACGGCGGUCAACGACUCUGAGAUCUCAAUGGAAGCAGAUGCAUUACUUAAUGUUCCCACGGCUUUUGUCCUUGCUUUUGCUUCCUUUGAAGAAGCUGGCCUUUCACCUCUCAGUGAUCCGAGAGCUAUCGUUUUCAAGGUGAACAACCCUGCAGCCAAGCAGCCAGACUUGAUAUCGAGGUUUCUCAAGCUCCUGUAUUUAUAUUACAGGCGCUUUUUGAUUAUCAUGGGUGAGGCGGGGCCAGAAAGCCUUACUGGGCCUGCAGUGGAGCUGGACUGGAUAUGGCACGCCCAUAUGACGCACCCGCUGUAUUCUGAAGAUUGUCGGCGCACAUUUGGUCAUUUGCUGCCUCAUGUGCCCUGCAAGCCUGGAGAGUCCGAGCGGAUACGCAGCUCGCCGAAAGAUGCUGGUCGAGUCGCGAUGUCGCAAUUGAACGAGCUGCUGCGCUCUCAGCUGCGUGACCUGGCACGGUCGACACAUCUCCAGGACGCCUUGAAGUGGGAGUUUCAGCACAAGGAAGCAGACGAUGCCAUUGCCCUCGGCUGCUUCAUUCCAGGUGGAGACCGCGCUUGGCUGGCAGAGAAACUGAAGUCAGCUGGCGGGCGACUCGGGCAAGCCUUCCUCAAGUCCCUCCGGGACCCGGAAACCUGGACCUGCCCAAGCCCAACACAGAACGGGUUGAGAGGAGAUUCCAUGAAGCUCAACGUCAGUGUGCAGCUCAUGUCUGGCGAAAAGGUUCUUGACCGUGUCAUGCCAAAGACGAGCACGGUGGCCGAGCUCGCCGCCAUCCUCCGUCAAGAGGGGGAAUCAGAGGACCUGAAGUUCUUUGUGCAGGGCUCUGAGGUUGCUGCUGAUCUUCGUUUGGGUGACACGCAAGUUGCCCGUGGCUCUGUGGUUCAGCUGGUGCGAAUCAAACGGCCACCGCCGGUGGUAACAAGACGUACAUCCAGCCCAGACUGGAACCGUAUUCCUUGCACUUGCUUUACGGAUUUUUGUGAGUUCCAUGUCCUUGCUGCUUCUGGCCAAACUACGUGCAAGUUCAUGCGAGACCUGCUCGAAGGGGACAUGGUCCGGACGGGAUCCUCCGUAGAAAGCGAGAAAUACCGGCAGAUCAGCAGGAUUUGGUGCUGCACCGGUGGCCUCACUCAGACCGUUGAGGUGGAGCCAGGAUGCAAGCUCACGGUUGGCCAUCCGGUGCUAGUGAACGGCUGCUGGUGUCGCCCCGAGACGUGCAAACAACCCUCAUGCAGCCACGAGGAGCGCCUGUACACACUGGAACUCGAGGGCCAUGUGGACACGGUGCUUGUGGGCUCACAUGGCGCUGCUGUUGUUUGCGCUGCCUUGGGACCUGACUCCUGGCCUGCUGCUGCAAUCGGCCCGGGCGUGAAAGGGGCGUUGGGUGCCGCCCUCGCGCCCAUGGCCCCGCUGCCGCGGAGAAAGCAGAGGCACCAGAUUCUAGACGGAUUGGACAUUUAUGGGCAUGUGCACUUCGGCUUGAGCAUUCACUUCAGCUACACUUUGAGUGGGCAUAGAACCACGUUGCAUCUUCAUUGA